GUGAAAACUCCGACACCACCCCUGAAGUCAACCUCCAAUUCAGUGAACAGUGUGGGAAGCAUGAGUGCAACUGCUUUGCAAGCUGUGGGAGGUCCUUACUUGUGGAACACUCAGUGGGCCCUAGCUGUUCAGCGAAUUGCUCAAGGCUCUCCCCCCCUUGUCGUCAGUUCAGUAAAAUGGCUUGAAGACGAAUUAGAACUCAACGCGCUUCACAAUCCUGGUAGCCGCCGAGGAAAUGGAAAUGAGAAAGUAGCUUCAACCCAGAGACUUGCUCUUUCAACUGCCUUAGGUGGCAGAGUUGACGUUGCAGCAAUGAACACCAUCUCAGGGGUGAAGGCUACCUAUUUGCUUGCUGUGUCUUUUUUGGAGAUCAUACGUUUUAUUAGCAACGGGGGUAUCCUUAAUGGUGACUCAAGCGUAUCUGCCUCUAGAAGUGCCUUCAGUUGUGUGUUCGAAUAUCUGAAAACUCCAAAUCUUACUCCUGCUGUUUCACAGUGUUUGACGGCAAUUGUGCAUAGAGCCUUUGAAACAGCAGUCUCAUGGCUGGAAGAUCGAAUAUCUCUUACUGGGAAAGAUGCUCGUAAUAGAGAACUGACAACGUAUGCACAUGCAUGUUUCCUCAUAAAGAGUAUGUCACAGAGAGAUGAGCACGUCCGAGAUAUCUCUGUGAACCUGUUGACUCAGCUACGAGACAAAUUUCCUCAGGUCCUCUGGCAUUCGUCAUGUCUGGAUAGUUUGCUGUUUUCAGUUCAUGACAAUACACCUUCAACUGUUGUCAAUGAUCCUGCUUGGACUGCUGCUGUUCGAUCCUUAUACCAGAAAGUUGUACGAGAAUGGAUCAUAAUAUCACUUUCAUAUGCUCCAUGCACCAGUCAGGGUUUGCUUCAGGAUAAGCUGUGCAAAGCAAACACAUGGCAGCGAGCACAAACUACAACUGAUGUGGUUUCUCUUCUAUCUGAGAUAAAAAUUGGAACUGGAAAAAAUGAACUUUGGUCUGGGAUAAGAACUGCUAAUAUCCCAGCUGUGAUGGCUGCAGCAGCUGCAGCGUCAGGGGCAAACUUAAAAGUUUCUGAAGCCUUUAACUUGGAAGUACUUGGUACUGGUGUAGUCAGUGCAACGGUAAAAUGCAACCAUGCUGGAGAAAUUGCUGGCAUGCGAAGGUUGUACAACAGUAUUGGUGGAUUUCAAUCUGGCUCGACACCUAGUGGUUUUGGUGGUGGCCUUCAAAGAUUAAUAUCUGGAGCAUUUUCCCAAGCACCACAACCAGAAGAUGAUUCAUUUAAUGAGAUGUUAAUUGCCAGGUUUGUGCGUCUUCUUCAGCAAUUUGUAAAUACUGCUGAAAAGGGUGGAGAGGUGGAAAAGUCGCAAUUCCGAGAAACUUGUUCCCAAGCAACUGCAUUACUUCUUUCAAACCUGGGUGGUGAGUCGAAAACAAAUGUCGAAGGCUUUUCUCAAUUACUGCGUCUCCUUUGUUGGUGUCCAGCAUAUAUAUCUACUCCAGAUGCUAUGGAAACUGGAAUUUUUAUAUGGACCUGGUUGGUUUCUGCUGCUCCUCAACUGCGAGGACUCUUUGCAUCUGAUGUACGAUACUCUGGCCCAGCUGCAAAAUUAAGACCCCAUCUUUCCCCAGGGGAACCAGAAGAUCCACCUGAAAGUGACCCUGUUGACCAGAUAGUCGCUCACAGACUGUGGCUUGGAUUUUUGAUAGAUCGGUGUGAGGUUAGGAUUGAUUCUCUACUUUUUUCUAAUACAGGAGCUAACUCGAGUUUAAUUUACCUCAUUCUUCCUUCCACAUUGGUUAAGACGGUCUUAAGUGUUAUAAGUUGUUCGAACAUAAUAGUGCGGAGCAACCUGUUGCUGCUAGGUCGGAUGUUACAACGGAGUACAGACCUUGACUGGUGCUUUACUCGCCACCCUGCAGCUGCUGAGCGAGCUCUAUCUGUUUCAGUUUUUGUUCACUUUUUAUCAAACGAGCUAUCAGAAUCAAGUCAAUCUGAUUCCAAAGGAAAACCUCGUGAAAGUGGGAAUUUGAUUGAUGUGACUGAUCAGUAUCAUCCCGUCUGGGUGGAUCCUCGCAUUGCUUUAUCAGUCGCCUCAAGAUUUCCGGCAAAUGCUUCUGUGAAAUCUGAAGUCACUCAGCUGGUUCAGACAAAUAUAGUAGAUCUUCGUACAAUUCCUGAGGCAUUGCCGUAUUUUGUUACACCAAAAAACGUUGAAGAGAACUCAGUGCUGUUGCAGCAGCUACCGCACUGGGCUGCUUGUUCAAUUACACAGGCUCUUGAGUUCCUCACGCCUGCUUAUAAGGGACAUCCACGUGUCAUGGCAUAUGUCCUACGAGUUUUAGAGUCCUACCCUCCUGAACGUGUUACUUUUUUCAUGCCGCAGUUGGUGCAGUCUUUGCGCUAUGAUGAAGGGAGGCUAGUUGAAGGGUAUCUUCUUAGAGCUACCCAAAGAAGUGACAUAUUUGCCCAUAUUCUCAUUUGGCAUUUGCAGGGUGAGAAUGUUCAGGAAACUCCGAAGGAUGGUUCUAUCGAUAAGAAUGCGGCAUUCCAAGAAAUUUUGCCAGUGGUUCGGCAGCAUAUCAUUGAUGGUUUCAGUCCCAAUGCCUUGGACAUGUUCACUAGAGAGUUUGACUUCUUUGACAAGGUUACUUCUAUUUCUGGGGUGCUAUUUCCUCUUCCAAAGGAAGAACGCAGAGCCGGUAUUAGGAGGGAGUUGGAGAAAAUUGAAAUGCAGGGAGAUGACCUUUAUUUGCCAACUGCUCCUAACAAGCUUGUUAGGGGUAUCCGUGUAGACAGUGGAAUACCUUUACAAUCAGCUGCCAAAGUCCCUAUCAUGAUAACUUUUAACGUUAUUGAUCGUGAUGGUGACCACAGUGAUGUAAAACCACAGGCUUGCAUUUUCAAGGUUGGAGAUGAUUGCCGGCAAGAUGUUCUUGCUCUUCAAGUGAUAUCUCUUCUUAGAGACAUAUUUCAAGCGGCUGGUCUUAAUCUUUAUCUUUUCCAUAUGGAGUUGUGCCUAAUACAAGAAGCAGAAGUCAAAUGGGGUGAAACUACCGACGGGGGUUUGUAUGAGAUUUUCCAACAAGACUAUGGGCCCGUCGGCUCAACCACCUUUGAAACAGCACGAGAGAACUUCCUCAUCAGCAGUGCCGGUUACGCAGUGGCUAGUCUUUUACUCCAGCCCAAAGACAGACACAAUGGAAAUCUCCUCUUCGAUGACGUGGGAAGACUUGUCCACAUCGACUUUGGUUUCAUUUUGGAAACUUCACCUGGUGGAAACAUGCGGUUUGAGAGUGCUCAUUUCAAACUGAGCCACGAAAUGACCCAAUUGCUAGAUCCCUCGGGUGUUAUGAAAAGCAAAACAUGGCAUCAGUUUGUGAGCUUGUGCGUCAAGGGGUACUUAGCUGCUCGGCGGCAGAUGGACGGAAUCAUCAGCACUGUGCAAAUGAUGCUAGAAAGUGGAUUGCCUUGCUUUAGCAGAGGAGAUCCAAUUGGUAAUCUUAGGAAAAGAUUUCACCCAGAAAUGAGCGAACGUGAAGCUGCACACUUCAUGAUUCAUGUUGUGUUUGCGCCGGGUGGUGUAGCAAGAAAUGUAGCUGAGUGCAUCUUCAAGCUUGGAAUUAAACCUUUUAUGAUUGGUACUUUGGGGCUUGAUGGUCCAGCCAAUGUAUUAUUGAAAGAGUGGAAGCUCUCCAUGGAAGGAAUCUUGAGACGUGAAGACAUUAGUACUCCCAUUGUGUCCCUUGUAUAUGACAUUAAUGGAGAAGUUGCGGCCGGUGUUGCUGGUGUCGAUGCACUUGAAAAGUUUCUGACACCUGAGUGGAUCCAGCGGUUCGAAGACAACAUAAGCGCUGCUCCUGUUCUUAUGGUAGAUGCAAAUCUUAGCACUCUUGCUUUGGAAGCAUCUUGCAAAUUGGCUGCAGAGUUCAAUGUUCCUGUAUGGUUUGAGCCCGUGUCAGUCACAAAGUCGCAGAGGAUCGCCUCAAUUGCCAAGUAUGUAACAAUAGUGUCCCCAAACCAAGACGAACUUAUAGCCAUGGCAAACGCUCUCUGCGCCAAGAAUUUGUUCCACCCCUUUAGAUUAGAAGAAAAUAAGCUUUCUAUCGAAGAUAUGUUCCGCGCGCUAAAGCCAGCCAUUUGGGUUCUCCUUGAAAAUGGUGUUAAAGUAGUUAUCGUAACUCUCGGCUCCAAUGGAGCUCUCCUAUGCUCCAAGGGAAACCCGAAAAAGGCUCUGAACAUAAACAGAAAGUUUCCCAGAAGUGGAGAGAUCUUCAAAAGAGUACAAUCUGUAUGUUCACCAAACCGGUUUUCUGAAGUAGGAACGAAUUUCAACCCGAGUCUUUUCGCAAUGCAUUUCCCAACCAUCCCAGCCAAAGUCAAGAAGCUGACUGGUGCAGGUGAUUGCCUGGUAGGCGGCACAGUCGCAUCGCUAAGCCAUGGGUUAGAUCUAAUCCAGAGUUUAGCAGUUGGCAUUGCCUCGGCUAAAGCAGCGGUUGAGUCAGAUGAUAAUGUGCCUCCUAAGUUCAAGUUGGAUCUUAUUUAUGAUGACGCAGAGGUAGUAUACAAUGGCGCGAAGAUGUUGAUGGUUCAUCAGUCGAUGCUAUGAAGGAUGAUCUUGUUGUUUCUUUUGCUAAAACAGUCUUUGUCUGAGAGGAACCAACAGAUCACUUAACAGAAGCGUCUCCGUAAGUAGUUUCUGCAGUACUUAGUUUUCUCACAAAACUUGAUGUCGAUAUUGCACUUGGGCGCUUCAAAACUUGUCCUUGUCGUUUAUUGCACAAAUCUCCCAAGUAUCAAAUCAACAGAUGAAACCUUG